UAUUGUUUGUCUGUGUUUUAUGUUGACAUGAGGGGUUAGGAAAAGUCCAAUAAAGGAAAGGUGUUUGCUUAUUCAGGGUCGUCCAUCAUGACCAAUAGGCCUGGCGAAUAUAUUCUCAAGGUACAUGGUUUAGGCCUAACAAAUGUUAUUAUGCAAGUCGAAUCAGAAAAAGAUUUAAAUAAAUGGAACGACUGGUUUAAUGGAUCACUAUCAUACACAACGCAGGCCGAAGAGUGCUUUCUAAAACAAGUGCAUCCCAAAUCAAUCAAAGAUAUGGAUGCAGCAGCAGCGACAACGACAACAACAAAGUUCAGACUAGAUUCGGGUAUUACAACACAACAGGUUGAAGAUGACUAUGGUGAAGAAGAUGAUGACGAUGAUCAGACAAGAAGAGGAAGUGAGAUGACAGUUGCCACUUUUCACUGUGGCUAUCUGUCUCCCAAAGAUGUUCCUUUGCCUGCACAGCAGUUAGAAGAAACAGACAUGAGUACAGCGGAUCAAGGAAAUUCAUUCUAUUCUUCAUUUGCUGAAUACCUUUCUUCUGUACCUUCUGAAAAUUCGACCGUGGUUGCCACUACGCCAUCACCUUAAUCUCAAUAAAAUAAUAUGUUUUUUAUAUGAUUAAAAA